GGCCACGCCGUAGCUGUGGCAGGAAACAUCGCCUUUCUGUUUGGAGGAGCGUCUAGCAUUAACCAAGAGGAGGACAUCGCUCUUUACUUCAGCGACUUCUACAUGCUAACAGUUUCUCCUGAAGAAGUGACGUGGGAGGAGAUUCCACAGAGUGGGGAAGUUCCCUCAGCCAGAGAAGGACACACUCUUAGUGUUGUCAAAGGGAAGCUGUAUCUGUUUGGAGGAGUGUCCAGUCCUGAAGCCACUGAGUGUCUCCCAGGAGUCUACAGCUUUGAUAUUGUAUCUCUGACUUGGGAGUGCUUAGCAAUCGGGGGUGUGGCCCUCAAAACCCUAAGACACUGCUCUGUUGCCAUGGGAGACAACAUCUACGUGUACGGAGGCAUUUUCGAAGGGAAUCCAAUCGACGAUCUCAUGGUCUUCAACACAGCAUCUCUCACCUGGACGCCGGUAAAAACUAGCGGAUCGCUGCCGCCUGCCCUGUAAGACACUUAUUAGUUUCACA